UCAAGGUGUUUGGUGCCGGAAAAGGACGGACUGAAGCUGGCGGCGCCCACGGGUGCAAGGAAGAGCCCCUCAUGUCUGGGAACGGGGCGGUGUGGGGGCGCGUGCGAAGCCGCCUGCGCGCCUUCCCAGAGCGCCUGGCGGCCUGUGGGGCCGAGGCGCGGGGACCGCAGCGACCCUCUCCCGCGCUGCCCCUACCCCAGGCCGCGGCCUACGGUAGGUGCGUGCAGGCGUCCACGGCCCCGGGUGGCCGCCUGAGGAAGGAUCUCUGCGCGCAGGAGUUCGAGGCCCUAAGGAGCUGCUUCGCCGCCGCGGCCAAGAAGACCCUGGAGGGAGGCCAUUAGGAAGGACCGAAGGCACAAAGCUGGGCACGUGGUCCUGAUGGCCCCAGGGCCAAGCAUCCUGGAACAUCUAAAACUCUGAGGGCGGAAAGGACGGUCCACCGGGGCCUGCCACGGGCAGAGGGGAGGGGCCCGCGCGCAGCGCAUGAGAGUCUGGGCCGUAGACCCCUCGGGCCACACACAACCCGUGUCAUGAGCAUGGUGUGCUCGGGGCUGGCGUCACCCCAAAGAACCUGACGGGGCGCAGGCUGCCGAGACGCUGCCCUGGGACCCUCACUCUUCGGUCUCCCCAAUAAAGUGUCAGCGGAUUCUCA